UUUUUUUUACUUAACUAGAUUCAGAUAUUUAGAGUUUUUGCCACUUUGUGUGAAAUACAUCUAUUUUUUAUCAAGUGAGGGCAAUAUAAGAGAAGUGAAAGUUUAUUUAAAUUUGAUUCUCUAUCAUUAUUUAAUCUCAGGAUCAAAGCCGUGCCACAGGUAUCAAGCAAAGUUGAAGUCAGAAGCAGGAACACUUUCUAACGAUAUUUGGAGGGGAAGUAAAAGUCUUUUUGAAAAAAACAAGAAGCCUGGACUGUCAUUUUAUUCCCUUGUAUUAAAUACAGAAGGGACAACUACUCCAUCCAAAGUAAAGACAUUUAAAAACAAGAAAAGCAACAUGUGUCGUUCUAAAAAGUUAAGGCCUUACAUUCCAGAGAGCAAACCAGAAAUCUCCCCCAGUGACCUGCUGAAACAUAAUAAAAACAUCAUCCUGGUUGGGAAACCUGGGAUGGGAAAGACGGUGCUGAGUCAUGAAAUGUUGAGACUGUGGUCAGAAAGAGACAACAAGGACCUGGACUACAUGUUUUACUUUGAUAUGAGGGAAUUAACCAACAUCCCACCAACCAUGGGUUUGGAGGAUCUUCUGUUUAAUGUGUACUGUGAACCAGAUGAAGGCAAAGAUGAAAUAUUAACAGAUAUGAAGAGCCACUCAGACAAUCUUAUCAUCAUUUUAGAUGGAGUCACAGAUUUCACUUCAUUGGUUGUGAAGAAAUUUGAGAAAAAUCUACCUUUAGCAAAAAUCAUCAUCACCUGCAGACCAGAAGAUGAGAAAGACCUCUGUCCUAAAGACUGGCUUAGAGUGGAGGUGAAAGGCUUCAGUGAGGAAACAAUAAGCAGAUAUUUGUUUUCAGUUCUGGGUGACGAUCGCAGGAAGGUCCUGAGUAACUUGGAGCUGUUGACUCUUUGUCAUGUUCCAAUGUACGCACUGAUGGUGGCUGCCAGCUUUCCAUCUGAAGACUCUCUGCAGCCCAGAACUGUCACUGAAAUAUACAUCAAUAUUGUUCGGUCUUGCCUCCAGAUGAACAGCAACAAGAUCAAGAUGAAGAAUCUCAAAGCUCCUGGUGGAUCUGUUCUGCGCUGCAGCAGAGAGAGAAAAGCAAACAGGAGAGAAGAUGCUGCAGAUGCUGGCAUCAGUCUGCAGAUAUGAAACUUUCCCUUUUAAUAAAAGAGACGACUUUUUUGAGUUUUUGAGCACUCUAACUCAGAGUGACUUCCUGCUGAGGCUGUACUCCUAGUUGAAGGACAGAGAGACUCAAACUGGUCUGAGUCUCCUUCCAACAUUACAGUCAGUUUUCCAUUUGGCACCUCCAGUUUGGUUCAUAAACCUCUCAGAGAGAAAAACCUCCAUCCUCCUGGAAGUGAUGAAACUCCAACCAGAGAAGAAACCAGUGGAGCUUAAAUGCUGCUCACAUGAAGAGAGU